CCCAAGAGCACCGUCCCGCAAAUUAGAAAACGAAACCCCCAAAAUUGCAACAAAAAAGAAACCAGCAGCUGUUGCCAAACAUGGACGAAGGAAUCUCUCGUUUGCAAGAGAGACAGUUAAUGGAACAUAGAGAUUUUAUAGGACUGGACUAUUCAUCCUUGUAUAUGUGUAAACCUAAAAGGGGAAUGAAGAGAGACGAAAGCAAGGAGACCUACAAACUACCACACAGAUUGAUAGAAAAGAAAAGACGAGACAGAAUUAAUGAAUGCAUUGCUCAGCUUAAAGACUUAUUGCCAGAACAUCUGAAAUUGACGACUCUAGGGCAUCUGGAGAAAGCAGUAGUUUUGGAAUUAACUUUGAAACAUUUAAAAGCGUUGACAGCCUUGACAGAGCAGCAGCAUCAGAAGAUAAUUGCUUUACAAAAUGGGGAGCGAUCUAUGAAAUCUCCCAUUCAGGCCGACUUGGAUUCUUUCCAUUCGGGAUUUCAAACAUGCGCCAAAGAAGUCAUGCAAUACCUUUCCCGGUUUGAAAGCUGGACGCCCAGGGAGCAGAGAUGUGCCCAGCUUAUCAACCACUUGCACUCCGUUUCCACUCAGUUCUUACCCAGCCCCCAGCUGUUGACUCAACAGGUCCCUGUGAGCAAAGGAAACACUUCCUCCUCCUCCUCCUCCUCCUCCACCACCACUACCACCACUUCUUCUUCCUCCUCCUCCUCCUCCUCCUCCUCCUCUUCCAUCGCAACUCCCCCCUCCUCCUUCUUGUCUGUGAACGCCUCUCAGGAUCGCACCGUGCAGAAGCUGGAGCCCCAGACAAACUGCGUCCCUGUGAUCCAGAGGACUCAACCUAGCACUGAACUCGCUGGGGAGAAUGACACGGACACUGACAGCGGCUAUGGUGGGGAGGGCGAGGCCAGGCCAGACCGAGAGAAAUACCAUGCCCCUGGGGGAAGUCGUGUCACCAUUAAGCAGGAGCCUCUUGGGGAAGACUCCCCAGAGCCCAAGAGGAUGAAAUUGGAUUGCGGCGAGAGCAGCAGUCCUGGAGGCAGCGCAGCGGCAGCUCUGCUGGGGCCGAAUCCGGCCGCUGCCCUGCUGAGACCCGACGCCGCACUGCUCAGCUCCCUGGUGGCCUUUGGGGGAGGCGGGGGGACUCCCUUUGGGCAACAGGCGGCGGCGGCGGCGGCGGCGGCCCCCUUCUGCCUACCAUUCUACUUCAUCUCGCCUUCAGCAGCAGCUGCUUACAUGCAGCCUUUCUUGGAUAAGAGCAACCUGGAAAAAUACCUGUACCCUGCUGCGGCAGCCCCCAUCCCCCUGCUCUACCCAGGCAUUCCAGCCCAGGCUGCGGCGGCGGCGGCUGCUGCGGCCGCCGCCGCUGCUGCCUUCCCCUGCCUGUCCUCGGUGCUCUCGCCCCCUCCUGAGAAGGCGAGCGCUGCCGCUCCAACCAUCCUGCCUCCGGAGCUGGCUUCUCCUGCGGCCCCCCACCAACACUUUCCUCUGCCCUUCCACCCCCUCGCCCACCUCCCCUUUGCAGCUUCCUCCAGAGAGCCUGGGCUGAGUUCGGACCUGGAGACGUCUUCUCAGGGGGAUUCCUCCCAGCCUGGAAAGGAAAACCCUUGAAAGCUUUGGCAUUUCGCAGGAAGGAUGGGUGGUUAAUCAUGAGAAUAUUAACAGUAAUACUUAAAAAAUACCCUUUUUUGUUUGUUUGCGUAAUUUCAAGUUCCUGUGUGUCCUCCGCCCACUACCCCUACCCCCACCCCCACCCGUCACCAGGCUGCUGUAAAGAUCCUGAGCUGUGGGUGUGUUUUUAUUUUUGUUUUAUUUUGUUUACUGUCUUUAAAAAGUCAACAAUAUUUAAGUUUUACCUCCAUUUGGACUGUGACAGUUUUAAAAUGUUGAACAUUGUUCAUGAGUAAGGCAGGACUAACAUAGCUGAAAAGUUUCACUUCUGGAAAGGUCUGCAGUAUCUGCUGGAAUGUAGUGGAAGUAUCUGAAAGAGAGGACAUACACUCAAAAGACAAAAAGGUGCUUGGAGCCAGAUUACAGCAUCCGGUAAUUAACCCACUGUAUCUGUUCCCAAAUAGCUCCUGCUUACCCUGAGGGGGGUCUCCACAAACUGGGAAUGAGGAUCUUUUAGACUUAAUUUGCUAUUCAGUAUAUAAUGUUUAGCUUUAUUGAAUCCAUACAUUUGUCUGUUGUUUGGGUAGUUUUGUUUUUAGAAAAACAGCUACAAUUUCUCUCCAAAUUAAAUGUUGCACUUUGUUUUAAGUGGUUUUAUAUAUAAUAUAUAUAUAUAUAUAAAAUGUUUCUAGGUUCCACUUCUUGACUUGCACUUGACUUUGGGGAAGGUGUGUUGAAGAAAGCAAGAAGCACCCUUAGUACAAUUACAAUUUGUUAGCACUUUAUUAAGAAAUGGACCUUGAAUCAAUUGACUUACCUUAAUUUCCUCUUAGACAUGAUAGACAUAUAUAUGGCAAGUGCAUUUGUACCCACAUUGUUGUUGUUUUAAAUCAUUAUGUUCCUGAGUUUUUUUAAUCUUGCUGUUAAAAAAAAGUCUGUGCACUGAACUAAAAACAAAAAACCUAAAUUCUAAAAAAUUACUAUUCCUUUAAAAAUGAUCCUAAAUUUUAGGUUGUAUACAAUCCAAUGCUGGUAGAGACAUUUGAACUAGUCAGUGUUGAUUGGAAAUGCUAUGAAGGUGUGGCAUAAAUCCCCAUGAGGCCUUUCUAUCUCCAGCUACUAUGAUUUCCCUUUCUGGAAGACCAUACCGGAUACUAGAUUAUCACAAAGAAAGCUUUUAAAAAUAAGGUUUAAACCAAGACCUUGUCUAGAUAUUUUUAGUUUGUUGCCAAGGUAGCACUGUGAGAAAUCUCACUUGAAUGUUAUGUAAGAGGUGAGACACAACAGUCUGACUAUAAGUGAAGAAAAUAUCUGGGUCUUUUAGUCAGUUUGGUGCAUUUGCUGCUGCUGUUGCUACUGUUUGCCUCAAACGCUGUGUUUAAACAACGUUAAAUCUUACUAGCCUACGAGUUGGCUGUAUGUAAAUAGUUGUUAAUACAUCCAAUUAAUGUCUGACAUGCUAUUUUUGUAGAGAGAAAAUAUGUGCUAAUGAUAUUUUGAGUUAUCUUUUGGGGAGGAUUUGCUGAAAAGUUGCACUUUGUUACAAUGCUUAUGCUUGGUACAAGCUUAUGCUGUCUUAAAUUAUUUUAAAAAAAUAAAUACUGUCUGCAAGAAACCAGCUGUUUUAGAACAGUUUAGUAUGUGGCAUACUAAAACUUGAUCUUUAUAAUCCAGUAUUUUCCAGCACUCCAUAAAUUCUAUUACUUAAAUAUUUCCACACUAUUUUGUGAUUUUAAAAUUCUUACUGAGUAAUAAAAAAUUUAAUAUGCAAUA